UGGCCACUGGCAACAGUGGCAACUGGCAGUAGCGGCACUAUUUGGCACUGUUGGCGAUUAGCACCAUUAGCACCGAUCAGCACUGGCAAUUGGCAAACACUGGCAAUUUGGCAAACGCACGCGGCUCGAGCGCGGACACAGGCACGCUCUUCUUUUACCUUUCCAAGCAUUUCGCAAGUGUCCAAAGUGUCGUCCAUGACCAACGAUCAUUUAUUGGAAUGUAUGAUUAAAAACGCCGUGAUCGAGAAUCGAGAUUGGCAUCUUGUAUACGCAAAUAGGCGUACGGUUUGUGGUUUAAGUAAGGAAAUUGUGUCUCGAGCGGGGUUGUGUGUAAUCGCGUAGAAUGAAGUGUCAUUACCAAGUAUUGGGAGUCGAAAGAGAUGCUUCGGACGAUGACAUAAAAAAGGCAUAUAGGAAGCUAGCGUUGAAAUGGCAUCCAGAUAAGAAUCUCGAUAAUCCGGAUGAGGCAAAGGAACAGUUUCAACUUGUUCAGCAAGCGUGGGAGAUCCUGAGCGACGCUCACGAGCGCGCUUGGUAUGACAAUCAUCGAGAAGCUAUUCUGAAAGGUGGUAUCGGGGAGGAUUACAAGGACGACUCGAUAAAUCUCUUCCCGUACUUCUCUCUCUCGUGCUUCAAGGGUUACGGGGAUGACGAGAAGGGUUUUUACACCGUCUACAGAAACGUUUUCGAACGAGUGGCGGCGGAGGACGCCGAGUUCGCCAAAAGUGGCGAGUCUGACGAGGAGAUACCCGGCUUCGGCGACUCUCAGAGCUCCUACGAAGACGCGGUGGGCAACUUCUAUGCCUAUUGGCAGAGUUAUACCACCAAGAGAUCCUACGCUUGGCUGGAUUUGUACGACAUACGCGAAAUACGGAACCGACGCGUUCUCAGGCUCGCGGAAAAGGAAAACAAGAAAGUGCGCGACAAGGCGAGACGCGAGAGAAACGAGCAGGUGCGGAAUUUGGUUGCCUUUGUUCGCAAACGGGACAAGCGGGUGCAGGCGUACGCGGCGAAACUGGCUGAACGCGCUCGUGAGAAUUUUCGUAAGGCAGAGGAGCGGAGAAAAACGCAUCUGCUGGAAAGGCAGAAACUCUUGCGGGAUCAGACCGAAUCCGAAUGGUCCAAGUUCUCGAAUAUGGAGGCAGAACUGAGAAACAUCGAGGCGAAUCUAACGGCGGAGUUUGGGACAGAUGACAGAAAGGUAACAACAAAAAACAGCAAUCCAGAAGCGUUUUAUUGCUUCGCUUGCGAUAAGAUUUUUCAGACGCACAAGGCUUUUACGAAUCACGAGAAUUCAAAGAAGCACAAGGAGAACAUGAGCGUGCUCAAGCGUGUCACGUAUAAAGACGACGACGACGACGACGACGAGGAUGAGGAUGAGGAUGAGGACGACGACAACGACAACGACAACGACAACGACAACGACAACGACAACGAUCAUCACAGUAGUUGUCAAGAGAGCGAUUCGAGCACAGAAAAAGAAUCAAUUUCACUGAGUGAAGCCAAGUUGGCAACAAGUUCACAGAUGCCCGACUUCUUGUUGAACCCUCCUCAAAACGAUUCGAGACGAAACGACGACAACGACGAGGAUAACGAUGACGCCUCUCUCGCCGAACUCGUGUCGGAUGAGGAAAAUCCAGAAUGUCCUCGACCGACGAACGAAGAAAGGAAGAUGGAUAGUUACGGCGGAGAUGUCCCACUAGCCGCGGCGGAACCACUGAUGGGCGAAAGUAUUUCGUUUUCAUCUAAAAUGGAAGAUGAAGAUGACGACAUAACUUCCGAGGACGAACUAUUAUCCGAUCAGGAAGAAAACGUUGCCGCAUUGUCGAAUCGUCAGAAGAAAAAAAAAAGGAGGAAGCGUAACGUUCAAAAUCCUAUGCUUGAAUCCUAUGCUAGCGAUGACGACACGGAGAGUAUUAACGAGGAAAUAUGGCUAUCGAAGAAACAACGCAAAAAAUUACAACAAAAAAAGAUGGAGAUAAAUAAGCAAUUGCGAAACAAGGAAGAGACGUAUACGACUAAAGAAGAGGAACGAGAAGCAGAGAGUGAAAGUAAAGUGAUGGAAGAAGCAGCGAGUGUCAUUGAUAACGACCUACUAAAAGCGGAUAAAGCAAAGAAAAGUUCGAGGAGAGAAGAACGAGACGGCAAGAACAAAAGUAAAAAGGAUUCGGUCGUAGAUAUCGAUGAUUUGGCUCAUCGUUGUGUCUCUUGCUCAUCCGAGUUUCCUAGCAAAAAUAAAUUGUUUGAACAUUUAAAGAAAACCGGACACUCUGUAUAUAUAGCGGAAUUAACGAAAAAUAAAAGGAGUCAAGAGAAAAAGAAGAAUACAAUGGCCAAAGGAAGAGGCAAUUUGGAUAAAAAGAAAUGUUGAAUCCGAAUGUUAUGAAACACAUACGUGUUACUUCUUGUAAUUAAUUCUUGUAUUUGAACAGCAAUAUAAUUUGUUACGGUUGGCAGGAAAGAUUUUUUAUAUAUCGCACGCAUUUCUCCAGAAUGCGCGGAUUCUGUAAAAAUUGUCUUUUUGUACAUAUAUCUUGUACAAAGUAUUAUUAAAAUUAAAAAUAUUUUAAUUUAGACACGAAUCGAAUAAAAUUUCUUUGUACAAUUACCUACUUGUAUCGAUUUAGAAAUGAAGCAAUCGAGUGUAAAUGCAGUGUUUUGACAAAGCACAAGGGUGAAAAAUUACAGUACUUGUCCUACUACUCCUAUUAAAUGUACACAUAACUAAUUGUAUUAUAAAUGAUUACACAUCAAUAAAUACUACUUAUUAAUACUA